AUGUCUUUCGGAACAGUCUACUCGUACCCCAACAACCCCCGGGUCAUGAAGAUCCUCUCCGCCGCCAACCUGAACAACCUCACAAUCUCAACCCCCGCGUUCCAAAUCGGCACCGACAACCGCACCCCCGAGUUCGUCGCCAAAUUCCCUUUCGGCAAAGUCCCCGCUUUCGAAGGCGCGGAUGGCACCAAGAUCGUUGAAUCCGACGCCAUCGCGCAGUACGUCGCCGAGAGUGGUCCCGCUGCUGGACAGUUGCUGGGUACCGCGCCCGCCGAGCGCGCCGCCAUCCGCCAGUGGAUCACCUUCGCCGAUGGGGAGAUUCAGGGUCCUUUGAUUCAGCUGCUUAUGCCCCGACUGGGUUACGGGCCGUUUGAUGAGGGUGUCGAGAAGAAGAACCUGGACAAGUUGGAGAGGGCAUUGGGAUACUUGGAGAACCACCUCAGAGGCCGCAACUGGAUCGCCACCGAGGAGAAGCUGAGUCUGGCCGAUAUCAGCGUUGCAGCUGCUCUCUACUGGGGCUUUUCCUGGGUCAUUGACCGCGAGAUGCGCCAGAAGUACCCCUUCGUCGUCUCUUGGUACGAGAAGACCAUCGAGAGCGACGGUGUGAAGCAGGCCUUUGGUGAGAAGAAGUUCAUCGAAAAGCGCGAGACUCCCAAGGCUUAA